AUGGGGAUUGAUCCGAACUUACCAAGCGAGAUCACCUCAGCUUACCUUGACCAGAUGUGGCAAGGAGACCCUCGGACUUCGAAGAAGCCGGUGCUAAUGCUGUGGGUACAGGGCCCGAAGGAAAAGAAUGGGCCUGUGAGAGUGACCCUUAAAACGGGCACUUACAACACUGCCACGAAGGUCGCGCCCGAGCUGAAGAACUGGUACAAGAACACGUUCGUUCAGCGCGAGGAAGGUGGCGACUGGUCUUGGGCAGAGCGAUGGGAGUGGCCAACCCACGUUCAGGAGUUCAGCGAGAAAACGUACAGGGUAUACGAUGGUUCGCAGUUUUGCUCUGCCUACUACUCCACGCCAUCGAUGUAUUCCUUCUUGGGCAAUGGUUCGGACCUUUUGAAGAGGCAUAAAGUGUCCCAACAGAUCCAAUCGUUUCACCCACACCUACUCUUAGUUUUGUUUCCGGGAGACUGCACUAAGCAGCUCUCAGAGACCGCCUCGGAGUGGCUACAGGACUUGCUCUCGCAGAGUGAAAGGCACGGAGGUGUGAAAGGCACGGAGGUAUCAUUAAAAGAGCCUACCGAAGAGUGUGCAGACAGCACCACCUGCAAGGUAAAGAACAGGCAGCCUAGAGGCAUAGGACAUCUCUUGGAUGAGGAUGAGCUAGGUCAGCUAGGAGUACUCAGUGGAGCGAUGGACCCCUCCACAGCAUUUGGACGCAAGUACUCCGCAGGAGACUUGGUGUGCUACCGGAUCGAAAGAGACUCGAGCGGUGUGCCUAGCUGGAGUGGAGUUUCCCGCAUCAUUGGUUUUGAUGGGAAGACCGUCUGGAAUCUGAGAGAGAGCAGCAGCGAUUUGUCGAUGCGCGAGCGCACGACAGUGAUGCAGAUGAUGAAGAGGACAGUGAGAAGGAGAGUGGGACUUACUCCUGAAGAGUCACGGGCAGAGCCCCGUGUAGAGCCCACGAUAGAAGAACCCGAAGUAGAAGACGCUCAACAGAUGGAUGAGCCUACGGUGGAAGCCGUAGCAGAGAAUGAUCCGCAACUUGACGCGGCGGACAUUCCGGUUCCCGAAGAAGAGGACACCGCUGAUGCUUUAUUGGCACAGUUUAAGAUUCCCACGUGUGGAUCGAAAGAGUGGAACAAGUAUAGAGCUUUUGUGGCCGAUCGAAUAGACUCAGAAAGCGCCCGAAAGUGGUUGAAGAAAAGGAGCAGCUAUUCUAACAAGAAGAAAGCUGCGCAGAACAAGGUGUUCACGUACGAAAAGUGUUCACCAGAGUUGCAAAAGGGAAUCGACGGAUCCCGUAAGGUUGAAUGGGACAAGUGGAAAGAGUUUAACGCUGCACUUGAUCUCGAUGAAGAGCAGUACCAGAAGCUUAAAGAUGAAGGCCAUGAGGAAGUACCGCUCAAGUGGGUUGACACAGAUAAGAACGAUGCACUUAGAGGCACGCAACCAGAUAUUGAAGUACGGCGUAAAAGUCGACUCGUCACCAGAGGAGAUUUGGAGUCGGGGGAUAUCCGAUCGGAUUCUCCGACGGCAGAUAUCGAAGCUCAGAAUUUGAUAUUCAGCUUCGCCGCUUCGCGGAAGGUGAGAAUAGGCUCAGCCGACAUCACGAAUGCCUAUUUUCAAGGAGAGGAAUUAGACAGAGUACUAAUCCUCAGACAGCCAAAGGGAGGACUCCCAGGGGAGCCCCCAGAGCGAAGGUUUCUGGCAAGGGUACCCGUGUACGGGACUCAUGACGGAGGACGUAAGUUUUGGAAACGUCUCAAGACCAGUGCGCAGAAAAGAGGUUUUCUGGAAAACGCCAUUUUCAAAGCACUUUAUGUUCUCCGCAACAACGAGGGACGUAUUAUUGCGCUACUUUGCACACACGUAGAUGACCUGCUGUGGGCGGCCGAGCCAGAAGCAGAGCCUGUCAUCGAGGGAUUGCUGAAGGAGUUUUCGUGCGGAAAAGUAGAGCGAAAAACUUUCCGUUACUGUGGGAAGGAAGUUUCCCAGGCGAACAAAGCCGUCGACUAUGCGUUAGCGACGCCGGAUAGAGGUUUGACUUUCAGAGCAAACGUUCUGGAUUGGGACAAUCUUAUUUCGUGUGUCAUCACUGACGCCAGCCAUGCAAAUGAGAGUCAGGUGAUGAAGGUCAAAGGUGAGGAUUCUGUGGAACCUUACCGAAGCCAAGGAGCUAGGUUGAAUGCCCUUGGAACUCCCAGUUUGAUCUCAUCAGAUGAAGGGCAUAUGCACCUCAUCAGUUACGACCACCGUCCAGAAGAGCCAACGGACGAAGUUCGCUGGAUCGACACAGACGUCAUGGUAGCAGAUCCACUGACAAAAGUCAUGGAGAGUACCAAGUUAGUUGAGUGUUUGUUCACUAACUGUUUGAAAGUCGAGCAGCCGAUUGAGUCCGUGAUCAAGAAAAGGGCUAAGCAGCUUCAGAGAAGGAAGACUGCAGACCCUGCGGACGGGCUGGAAGUGAUGGAUUAG